AUGGCCCCCGGCACUAGAAAUCACCCAAAUCGAGAGGGAUCUUCUGGAUCUAACCAGAAUGAUAACCCGGAUCCUCUUGUUGCAGCUGCUACCCAAUUUUUCCAAUCAAUAGUUAGUGGCCAAUUUAUGGCGUCUAGAGCUCUUCAGGCGGGUUGUCCCUUCGAACAAUUUUCCCGCCAGCAUCCCCCUACCUUUGAUGGUAAAUUUAAUUCCUUAGAUGCGGAAAGAUGGAUUGAACGUAUGGAGCAGAUUUUUGAAGUGCUCUAUUGCACGGAUGAUCAGAAGGUGAAAUAUGCCACUUACCAUUUGACUAACAUGGCAAACAAGUGGUGGAAGUCGACACGAGCAUUGGUUCAAUUGGAGUUAGGGGAAGCAGUCCCCAUUUCUUGGGAACAUUUCAAGAGAAUCUUUCUAGAUCACUUUUUGCCACGGACCCUUCGGGAGUCGAGAGCUCGCCAAUUUAUGGACCUCACUCAAGGAACAAUGAAGGUAACACAGUAUGCUACAAAAUUCAUAGUGCUUUCCCUUUUUGCCAGUUACUUAAUUCCAGACGAGGAAAAGAAAGCUGAAAAAUUUGAGCAUGGAUUGGAUCGUAGGAUUCGAGAACGCGUGCGUACUCUCAGGAUUCGGAGUUUUUCGGAGCUAGUCACCCGAGCUACCAUUGCUGAAGAAGACCUCCAAGAAAACAUUAAGUACAACAACCAAAGGAAGCGCCAGCAACAACAACAACUCCAACCAGCGUCGCGUAAGGAUAAGAGGCCUCAUAUCGAGAAUCGUCAAGGGCAACCACCAACAGGACAAACUUACCCCACAUGCGCAACAUGUGGGAGAAGACAUUUGGGAAAGUGUAUGUUUGGCCAGAACGUGUGUUUCAAGUGCGGGAAGCCAAACCAUCUAGCCUGGGACUGCCCAAUAAAGAGACCCGGGGAACUAGGAAGGAGCAGAGGACAAAAGAUGAUAGCUACGGCAAGAGUAUAUUCCCUCACCCUUAUUGAUGCUGAAGCGUCGAACGAUGUAGUCAUAGAUGGACUCAAGAUUGAAGACAUAAAAGUAGUUAGAGAAUUUAGAGACGUGUUUCCUGAAGAUCUUCCAAGGUUACCACAGGAUAGAGAAGUAGAGUUCGCAAUUGAUCUCACUCCAGGAACGCCACCUAUAUCUAAAGCACCCUACCGUAUGGCUCCAGUUGAGUUAAGGGAACUCAUGGAUCAGUUGCAAGAGUUACUAGAAAAAGGUUUCAUACGCCCCAGUAUUUUCCCAUGGGGUGCUCCGUUGAAGGUUAAGGAGACAGAUGUACAGAAGACGGCUUUCCGGACACGGUAUGGACACUAUGAAUUUCUUGUUAUGCCAUUUGGUCUAACUAAUGCCCCCGCAGCUUUCAUGGAUUUUAUGAAUAAGGUAUUUAAGGAUUAUUUGGAAAAAUUUGUGAUAGUUUUUAUCGACAAUAUUCUCAUUUAUUCUCGGAGUAGCAGAGAGCUUGAGGAUCAUUUGAGGAUUGCCCUUCAGAUACUAAGAGAAAAGAAGUUGUAUGCAAAAUUUAAGAAAUGCGAGUUUUGGUUACAAGAGAUUUCCUUUUUGGGACAUGUGGUAUCAGCAAAAGGAAUUUCAGUGGACCCAGCAAAGGUUGAGGCAGUGGUAAAAUGGGCCAAGCCUAGUAAUGUCAAUGAGGUAUGA